AUGGCUGGAGGAGGUGUCAAUGUUGGCGGCGGCAGUUCUACCGGUCGUGCCGUCUUCGCCCUUUGCGGUGGUUUGGCAGGAGCAUAUUAUGGAUUUUAUCUUCAGAGCAAGUACAUGGAAGAACGUCGGGUCCAUGUGCUCGUGGAAACAGAAGCGCGCAAGCGCCUUGCAGCAGCAACUGCCACCCAGCCCUAA